UGAUCUGUGCAGUGAGUUGACUCUGUCUGUGUGUGCCCACAACGAGAGCCGUCUUUAGCUUCCUCACCAACCAACGUACAAGCAAGCGGAUGGUGCCCAGUGCAGUGCAGUAACAGUGUAGUGAGUAGUCUAGUGACUGCUAACGUUGGAAAGCGAUUCACCUAAAUGAGGAGGCUGCAAUAACAGGUGCUCCUUUGUAGGCAAAGCUCAGCAAAAAAAUGGCUACGUUCUGCUGGGGGUCAUCGAUGGAGGGUCAGCUGGGCAUCGGUAUUACCGGCGGUCAGACCACCCAAGAGGUGGCCAAAGAGGUGACCACUUUGUCUGGGCAGAGGGUCCAGAGCAUAAGCUGCGGGAAGCACCAUACGGGCAUCGUCCUGGACGAUGGAACGCUGUAUAUGUGUGGAGCCAAUAGCAAGGGGCAGCUUGGACAGGACAGGAAUCAGUACAAACCAGUUCAGGUAUCCGCGCUGGAAACAGUGGUCAUCAAGCAUGUGGCCUGUGGAGAUGACCAUACCCUGGCUGUUUCAGACAGGGGUCAAGUCCUUGGAUGGGGUCGGAACGACCGGGGUCAGUGCGGCCUAGCAACAGGGGAUAUCGAAAACAAACCAAGGCCAAGAAUUCUGAGGCAUCUUGCAUCCUACCAAUUUGUUAAAGUCUGCUGUGGGUCGCUCCAUUCAAUGGCACUGACUCGAGAUGGCAGGCUCUUUUCAUGGGGCGACAACACCUACGGCCAGCUGGGUAUUGGGACGUUAGUGACCAACUACACUGACCGGCCGACCGAACUCACCUCACUCCGCGGUGUGCCCUUAGUCAGGGUGGCUUGUGGAGGCUUUCAUUCCUUUGCUCUCACUAUCUCAGGGUCUGUCUUUGGCUGGGGGAAGAAUGAUGUAGGCCAACUUGGCCUCGGUAAUAAAGAAAACAAAUCUUAUCCAACACUGCUCAGGAAUAUGCGCUCUCAGAUGGUGAAACACAUAGCAUGCGGACAGGACCACACUGCCAUGCUUACUGCGGAUGGAGGUGUCUUCCUUUUUGGCCAAGGGUCAGAAGGUCAGCUGGGUCAUGGGUCAAACUACAACGAGGUCAACCCAAGAAAGGUCAUUGACCUUAUGGGGAGUGAUAUCACACAGGUCACUUGUGGAAAACACCAUACACUGGUCUUGGAGGGAUCCAAAGGCAGGCUGUACGCCUUCGGUCAAGGGAUCCAUGGCCAGUUGGGCCAGGAUGAGGCCAGGUCCUGUUCCAAUCCACAAAGAGUUCCAGGUCCUUGGGUUCCUCACAGCUCCACAGCAAAGAACAGUAGUUCCAAGGGCCGUGUUGUGAGAUGUAUAUAUGCAGGGGGUCAUCACUGCUUCAGCACAGCCACAAAUGCUGCAGAUAAUCCAGAACUACCCCUUGACUUCAGGGACCCUACCCCUUACCAGCAGCCAACCUGCCUGACAGAAGGGCUCAUCAAGGAGCUCUCAACCUUUGGUCCAAACGUAUCGCCAUCUCCAGAAGUUAGAAAAACUGCAGAGGUGGUCUUCUCAUCAGCAGCAUGUCUCAAUGCAUCUUUCCUCAAAGAGAAUAAUGGUCAUUACUGCUGUGGCAAGUCAAACCAUGGGGUGGACCUGGACACAGCUAGAAAAGCCUUCCGACACCUUGCAGACAAGAACAUGAUCCUAGAAAUACUAGCCAGCAACAUCAACGCAAGCCUUGUACCGAGUCUUCCAGAAUCCCCUCCAGAUGUGGAAGCCCUCCGACUCUACCUAUUAUUAAUGGAAUGCCCCGUCCUCAGCAGGCCUCAGGAGCGGUGGUGCAGACAUACCAUUGCACAAAUAGGGAGUGCCUUAUGUUCGUUGAAAGGUGCAGCUGCUAAAAUAUUGGACAACUGGUGGUCAAAGCUGCAACCUAGACAUCUAAACCGCAUCCUUACUGUCCAUAAAGACGGUAUUCAAGCUAUUCUUCAAGUAGGCUCGUUCAGACAGCUAUGUCCUGAAGACCUGUCAUUCCUAAAUGUCUGUAUGAGGGUCUUGGAUAAACUUAGCAAGGUUAAUCACAACCACGGGGAGAUCCUACCCUACUACAUGUUCUACAUCACAGAUAUCAGCAAGUACAUUGAUGUACAGGAACACUUCUUACUCUUCCUACAGAAGACAGUAGGUUCAACUUCUGGUAAUGUCAGUUUGUUCACAUUCUGUGACUACCCUUUUAUAUUUGAUACCAACACCAAGACACAGCUUCUUCACAUAGAUGCUCUCCUACAGAUGAAGUUUGCAAUCGAAGAUGUCCAAAGAAGAAACCUGCAGAGCAUGCUAUCCCAGAUUGACCCGGUCAACCCAUGCCUGAUCAUGUGCAUUCAGAGAAAGAACAUUGUCCCAUCAACCAUCAACCAGAUCAGCAGGUGUCAUCCAGCGGACUUCAAGAAGCCUCUUAAGGUCGGCUUCGUAGGAGAGGAUGCGGUGGAUGCUGGAGGGGUCAGAAAGGAAUUCUUUAUGCUUAUCAUGAGAGAGAUUCUGGAUCCCAAGUAUGGAAUGUUUAGAUUCUACGAAGACUCAGGAAAGAUAUGGUUCAAUAGCAAAUCAUUUGAGGAUCCCAUCAUGUUCCGCUUGGUGGGCCUGGUAUGUGGUCUAGCCAUCUACAAUCACAUCAUCAUCUCACUUCCAUUCCCAUUGGCUCUCUACAAGAAACUACUAGGAAGGAAAACCACUUUAGAAGACCUCAGCAAGCUGGAACCACAAGUAGCCCAUCACCUCCAGGCAUUGCUCGACUACGAGGACGGGGAGGGCUUCAGGGAUGCCUUCCCUCUCGUCUUCCAGAUCGACGAGGAUAACUUCGGACACGUCCAGACGACGGAUCUCAUCCCUAACGGAGGGGACAAAGAAGUCACUGCAAAAAACAGGCAAGAGUACAUUGAUGCCUACGUAGACUACACCCUGAACAAGUCGGUAGAGCCUCAGUUCUCGGCCUUCAGCGAGGGGUUCCUAGAGGUGUGUGGAGGCCAUGUUCUUAGCCUAUUCCAUCCGCAAGAACUCAUGGCUAUGGUUAUUGGAGAUGAGAACUAUGACUGGGAUGAGCUGGAGAAGAGUGUGGAGUACAAGGGUCAAUACUACAAGAACCAUCCCACAGUGAAGCUAUUCUGGCAGGUCUUCAGAGAGAUGUCCUUAGAUGCAAAGAAAAAGUUCUUAGUCUUCCUAACGGGUAACGACCACAUUCCCAUCCAAGGCUGGUCCAGCCUUCAAGUCAUCAUCCAGCCUGUCAAGGGUGGCAACGACUUCUUUCCAGUCGCCCAUACCUGCUUCAAUCUCCUGGACCUACCCAUGUACGACAGUAUAGACAUUAUCAAAGAGAAGCUGUUAACGGCCAUCGAGCAUACAGAAGGAUUCACGUUGGCAUGAUCGUUGGAACUUCUAUCUAGUCCCAUAUGGGAUGUUUUGUGUAAUCAUCCAGCCUUUUAAGAGUGCGUACGCCCACAGGUGGUUAAAUCAAUCUUCUGGAUCUCCCAGUUAAAGGCAGUAUGGACAUGAACAUUGCAACUUUUAGUCCCAUAUGUGAAGUUUUGUGUAAUCAUCCAGCCUCUUAAGAGUGCGUACGCCCACAGGUGGUUCAAUCAAUCUCCUGGACCUCCCAGUUUACGACAGUAUGGACGUUCUCAAAGAAUAACUUUAGGCUGCAGUUGGGUGUUCAUAUGGAUUUAGGUUGUUCGCAUGAACAUCGCUAUCCUGAGUCCUUGACUUUCCUUGACCUAAGCCCUCCACACUAUCUGAGAGAUGUUUGAUGGCUUCUGCUUCAUGACCUCAAGCCAGAUCGCCCUAUCUUGUGAUGUUCUGGUCGCUUCUGUGAGGGAUCCCAGACAUCUAGUAGCACUAUCAGCCCGAGUCCCGUAUAUUAAUUAUAAUGUGUGUGAUCGUACAGCUCUGCUAAAGUGGAAAUGCCUUCUUUCUUGUCGAUUGUAGUUGCUUCAGCUUUUAGAACUUCAGUAUCUCAAACCAAACACAAUUUCAAAGAGAAGUUAUCAUUUGCUGAGUAUUUAACCUGAAGUAACUCAUACUGGAGCCUAUGGAAACCAUGUGUUAUAACAUUAUGAACUAGUGCCUAAUGAAUUGACAUUUAAUUUUGAUCGUACUGAUGGAUUUACUUUGACAAGACCAGGAUUACACCUUUACCCAUACCUGAAGUCGGACAUGUGACAUUAAGUGUAAUUUCCUACUCUUGAUGGAUGUUCUCAAAGAAAAGCUAUCUUCUUCUUCUUCUUCAAGAUAAUCUGCCUCCUUCAAUACUGAAGAAUCUUACAGAUGCCGUAAAUACUCAGCCUGAUUGGGGUUUUCCCCCCUACUCUUAUACGAAUAGUGUAACAGGUUCUUAACGUGCAAAGGUGGUGACUCUCCUCUUCACGGGCCUCCAUUUAAC